AUGUCGUUGGUAUUGGGCCAUGCAGCUGGUCCCAACUUGCAGAAGGGGUACCGAGCAAAGCGACCACGGCUACUUGCCCCAUGGCAGAGUGCGUACGCCCUGAAGAGAAUGAAGGAGCAGAGGGCGGACUCCACUAUUGAAUCAAUGGCUGGAGGGGCAAGUAAGCUGGAAAAAACAUCAACAGAACAGGAAGCCGAACCAUCGCAGCAGCAGAGUGCUGCAAAUACCGCUGCAAGAGCGGCGGACCGUUUGGCAGUGGUCGCAGCCGGCAACGUCCAGGUUGCACAUGCCAGCUUCAGCAAACACGUACCACAGGAUGAGCAUGCCAUUGAUGGGCAGCAACUCGCAGAUGCAGAUCCAUAUCCCAGCAUUAACAAAGGAAGCCACACCGCCAGAGGUGAAGAGGAGCAGUGCAGUGGUGCCAAUAGCAUAAAGGUACGACUUGGCCUUGAGUCCUUGGACAAGCACCAAAGAGAAGUUGUCGAAAUGAGGAAGAAAACACUUGAAGAGGUGGCAAGCUUCAUUGGUAGAUUUUUGAGUGUUGUCAGGGUGGCAAUGAGACAAAUACUGGUUUCUGACUGCCCCUCGAAGUCUGUACCAAUUCAUCAGGUCCUCAGAAAUGGCAGUGUGUCUGCACUGAAAAGGACGGCUGGUUUGCUUGGAUUUUCGACGUGGCAUGAUUUCUGGGCCUACUAUGCUGGUGACCUCUCAACUGUGACAGUCUUGCACCAAGGUCCAGGUCUGUCAGAGAUCACCCCAGUUCCAGGGCCAGCCUGCCAGAGUAUUGCCGGCCCUGCAUUCCCAGUGGACAUCCAAUUUGCCCACUGCGUUGGCGUAGGGACCUCCUUCAAGCAGAAACGCAAGUCCUUGGUGCAGCGAGUGCUCAAAAGCAAGGACCGUCAGCCUGUGGCGUGGGGGGGUGAGCACAGCCGGGAAAUUGAGAGCAGUGUCCGUGGGUUCGUUUGCUGGGCCAUGCAGGACAUUGCAUGCAGGUUGAAUAUGGGGAUGGUUCUGGGCCCUCUGGAUGGCCUGAUCAAAGACGAGAUGAUGCACUGCUUUGUGCAGUGCUUCAGAUGCCAGCAUCAGGAUGGAAAACAUCAAGCCAUCGCUGGGAUCAACAACGCUGGGCACUGCAGUUUCUGCAAAGGGGAAGAGAGUGAAAGCAAAUCGGCAGACACUUGUGUACCAUGUUUGGGUGACAUGGUCACCGACUUGGUGAUCUGCAGGCAAGCCUUUCAAAUCGAAAUCUUGUGGCCGCGCCCUGGCGUUUCGUAUGAUGUUUUGGGCCCCUGGUCUGAUCAUGCUGCAAGCACUGGGGAGAGAGGGCGGCCAAAGUGGGUGUCGCCAGACAUCUGUGGCAUGCACGCCUCUCGUCUGAAUCUUAUGUGCCAUGUAGUGUCCAACGAACUGGAGGACAGUCUGCCCCCAGUGUGUAUGGAAUACAUGCUGAAGUACUCGUCCCGUGCUGCAUGA